UUUCUUUUCUCUUUGUCAUCGAGCAGUUCGUGUUGAUAUAGGAAUUUUCUGGGGAUUUCCGACUUGAUUUGCAAGAUGCCUGGAAGAAAAGUGUUUGUAGUUGGUGUAGGCAUGACUAAGUUUGAAAAACCAGGGAGAAGGGAAGAUUUCGAUUACCCAGACAUGGCAAGAGAAGCAGGCACAAAGGCCCUAAAGGAUUGUGGUAUAGACUAUACAAGUAUUCAGCAAGCUGUUGUUGGAUAUUGUUAUGGUGAUAGUACUUGUGGACAAAGAGCACUGUAUCAGCUUGGUUUGACUGGAAUUCCUAUUUACAAUGUCAACAAUGCAUGUGCCACAGGAUCCAGUGCCUUGUUUCUCGCUAAGCAACUAAUAGAGGGAGGUAUCAGUGACUGUGCACUUGCAUUAGGUUUUGAAAAAAUGCAAAAAGGUUCACUUGGUUCCAGGUAUAACGAUCGCACCUCACCAAUGGAUAAACAUAUGGAAGUGAUGUUGAAUAAGUAUGAGUUUGCACCAGCUCCAGUUACACCACAGAUGUUUGGCAAUGCAGGUCGUGAGCACAUGGAAAAGUAUGGUACCACUUCAGAUCAUUUUGCAAAGAUUGCGUACAAGAAUCAUUUGCAUUCAGUCAACAACCCGAACUCACAGUUUAGAAAAGAAUAUAGUCUUGAGGAAAUCAAGAAGUCCCCUAUGAUUUAUGAUCCACUAACCAAACUUCAGUGCUGUCCAACAUCAGAUGGAAGUGCUGCAGCAAUACUUGCAAGUGAAGAAUUUGUCAAAAAACACAAACUGGAGGACAAGGCAGUUGAAAUCGUUGGAAUGGAAAUGGCAACUGAUUUCAAGAGCACAUUUAAUGAAAACAGCUGCAUAAAGAUGGUUGGAUAUGAUAUGACCAAGGCAGCAGCACAAAGACUCUUUUCUAAAACAGGGCUUUCACCCAAACAAGUAGAUGUUGUUGAACUCCAUGAUUGUUUCUCCACAAAUGAACUUCUUACUUAUGAAGGAUUAGGACUGUGUGAAGAAGGCAAAGGAGGUGAAUUAGUUGACAGGGGUGACAAUUCUUAUGGCGGAAAAUAUGUCAUAAAUCCUAGCGGAGGGUUAAUAUCUAAAGGUCAUCCACUAGGCGCAACAGGGCUUGCCCAGUGCACGGAACUGUGUCUUCAGCUACGUGGUGAGUGUGGCAAGAGACAAGUCCCUGGUGCUAGGAUAGCACUUCAGCAUAACUUGGGCCUUGGUGGUGCAGUUAUAGUGGCCUUGUAUCGACUUGCAUUCCCUCAAAAAAGGUUUCAUCCUGUCUCUACAUAUACAUCAGCGACCUCCCCUGCUGGUUUCAAAGCUAAAGUGGUUUUUGAUGAGAUUGAAAAACAACUGAAAACAGAAGGAGCUGCUUACGUCAAAAAGAUCAAAGGAGUUUUCUGUUUUAAGAUUCAGAAAGGUCCAGGUGGAAAGGAGGGAGUAUGGAUAGUGGAUGCCAAGAAUGGAGCUGGUUCAGUGAAAUUUGGUUCCUCAGACAAAGGGGAUGUUACAAUUACCAUCAGUGAUGAUGACUUUAUAAAGCUAAUGACAGGAAACCUAAGCCCACAAAAAGCAUUCUUCAAGGGUCUUCUGAAGCUCAAAGGAAACAUGGGUCUUGCUAUGAAACUAAGACAAUUCCAAUCCAAAGCUUCCACUUUGAAAUCCAAGUUAUAACUAUUAAAGAAACAGGACGAAAUGAUUCAUGUCGAUAUACAAUUGAAUUUAUACUUAACGGACAGUAAUAUGCAACAUCUACAUGUGUAUCAUCCACAACUAAUACAGUAUAUGAUAAAACAGUGUCGUGAUAUAUGGAAACAAAAUAACUGACGUCUUACCCAUCAAACAAAGGAAUGUUGUUUUAGAAACAUUAAAAUACAGGAUGAUCAAGUCCAUUUAACUUUAAUGUUUGCAAUUCCACCCAAGUGUGAACCAAGCCUUUUACAAUCACAAUCUGAUUAUGUAAUAUGAUAACAACAAGCUAGAUAAACAGAUUUUUAUUAAAAAUCACCAAUGGAUGCCUUUUAUGGUACCAACCAGAUGUUUUUACUUA